UUCGUUGAUGCGGUCAGCAUGGCUUUUGUAAAGCUCACUUGCGGCAAUGCCCUCCAGUGCUUGCUUGUUCUGAGCUGCACAAUCCGGGCUGCCGUCAAUGAAGAACAGGGCGGUGCAAGCAAUCGCAAGCAGCGCAAUGCCCUUCAGCAUUGGCUCUUCCAGCGCGUAGGCAGUGUCGAGUAUUUUGAGGAACUUAAAAUACACACUGAGAGCGCCUCUAAGAUCCACCAUGUGCUUUACCAGCUCGUCACCGGCCAUGUUGGCAACAGUUGGUGUGGUAUCAAUAAUGGCGCAAACCAGCUUGCAAAGAUGGAGCGCGCGCUUUAGAAUAUCGACGAUGUUUUGUAGACUCAGGGACAUACCAGGCACCCUGAGCACCCACAGACCGCUGAUGAUGUUUCCUGUAUCAAUUUGUUGGGUCAGUUCCUUGCAGAAUACAUUUGCGUGAAAUUUGAGGCGGCAGACAGCGUUGACGAUCCGGCUGCCUGGAC